GCGUCGGUUGUACCUAUCAAAUAAGGCCAAAAUCUAUAUGUAUUUUAUUUACCAUUUCUUUGUAAUGGAAAUAUUAUAAAUAUAACAAAUAAACAAUAAUAGGAAGACACUAUGGCUGCGGGUCCUAUCGCCGAAAGAAAUCAAGAUGCUACAAUAUACGUGGGAGGUCUUGACGACAGAGUUACAGAGAGCUUGCUAUGGGAAUUAUUUGUUCAAGCUGGACCCGUGGUGAAUGUUCACAUGCCUAAAGAUCGGGUGACGCAAACUCAUCAGGGUUAUGGAUUUGUUGAGUUUAUGGGAGAAGAAGAUGCAGACUAUGCCAUUAAAGUAAUGAAUAUGAUAAAGUUAUAUGGUAAGCCGGUAAGAGUGAAUAAGGCAUCGGCACAUCAAAAGAAUCUUGACGUAGGAGCCAAUGUGUUCAUUGGGAACUUGGAUCCUGAAGUUGACGAGAAACUAUUGUAUGAUACGUUCUCUGCGUUUGGAGUUAUAUUACAAACACCAAAGGUUAUGAGAGACCCAGAGACUGGUAACUCCAAAGCAUUUGCUUUUAUAAACUUCGCAUCAUUCGAAGCGUCUGACGCGGCGAUAGAAGCUAUGAACAACCAGUAUCUAUGCAACAGGCCGAUUUCUGUAUCAUAUGCGUUUAAGAAGGAUGUUAAGGGUGAAAGGCACGGUUCUGCAGCUGAGAGAUUACUCGCAGCGCAAAACCCGCUAUCCCACGCGGACAGACCGCAUCAGCUCUUUGCGGAUGCGCCACCUACCAUCCUUGGACCAAUGAUGAUGGCUCCACCACCCCCUCCAACACCAACACCCAUGCCACCUCCAGGCCCACCUAUGUCUGCGAGACCACCACCCCCCCUACCAAUGUCAGCGCCACCACCUCCCCCGACAUCCAUGCCACCCCCAGGACCACCUCCACCCCCCGGCCCGCCGCCUCCCCCUCCCCCGUUCCACCACUUCCCUCCCCCUCCCUUCGGACCCCCAGGGUUCGGGCCACCUCCCCCCCCAGGUGCAAGACCCCCUCCCCCAUGGAGACCACCUCCGCCACAGUUCAGACCGCAGUUCCCGCCGCGUGGACCGCCGCCGUUUGGACAUCCUCCGUUCCCGCAUCACCCCCCGGAACCAAAUUAUAAUUAUUAAGAGCUAUUAAAUAUAUUUUUAGUAAUAA